AUAAGCAUAAUACAACCCCACGAAAUUACCGGGAUCGAACAAAUCCGUGAAAAUUCAACAUAUUUCCCGUGUCUGCGUGAAUCAUAAACCCAACAAGAUGAACAACCACAAUUCAAUAUUUAAAUAUUUCUUCCACUUCCUUAAACUUUAAUAAAAAAAAAGUUAAAAAACCCGCAAGACAAACUGUCGGAAUAAUCUAGCACCGGUUCUUGUUUCAUCCCCAUGUGAAUAGAUCUCUGUUUCAUCAAGAAAGUGCAGUGAAACGGGUCGGGUCGGGUCAAGGUUAAACUGAUUGGAGUGAUCUGGCUGUGGGGCUAGAUGGGGAAUACCUGUUCUGGACCCAACUUUUCGAAAAACAGUUUUUUUCAAUCAGUUUCCGCUGCAAUUUGGACAACUAGAUCAGUUGAUGAAGAAGUUAAAGAGCAACAGCCACCAUUAUCUGUUGUUCAACACACACCACCGGAGCAAAUGAAGAUCCCGAAACCCGAAAAGAAACAAGAACAAGAACCGGUUAAACCGAAGAAAAUGAAACGCGUUACGAGUGCCGGACUACGUACCGAAUCCGUCUUGCAAAGAAAAACCGGAAAUUUGAAACAUUUCUUCACUUUGGGGAAGAAGUUAGGCCAGGGGCAGUUCGGUACAACGUUUCUUUGUAUAGAUAAAGGUAGCGGUGAAUUAUACGCGUGUAAAUCGAUUGCAAAAAGGAAGUUGUUGACGGAUGAUGACGUGGAAGACGUGAGACGGGAAAUUCAAAUAAUGCAUCAUUUAGCGGAGCAUCCUAAUGUUAUUUCGAUUAAAGGGGCGUAUGAGGAUGCGGUUGCGGUUCAUCUUGUUAUGGAGUUGUGUGCGGGUGGUGAGCUUUUCGAUAGGAUUGUCGCACGUGGACAUUAUACUGAAAGAAAGGCGGCUGAGCUUACGAGGACUAUUGUCGGAGUGGUGGAGGCUUGUCAUUCUUUGGGUGUUAUGCAUCGCGAUUUAAAGCCCGAGAAUUUUUUGCUUAUGAAUAAGAGGGAGGAUGCAGUUCUUAAAACUAUUGAUUUUGGAUUGUCGGUUUUCUUUAAGCCAGGUGAAACAUUUCAUGAUGUGGUUGGUAGCCCAUAUUAUGUUGCGCCCGAAGUCUUGAAUAAGAAUUAUGGUCCCGAAGUUGAUGUUUGGAGUGCAGGGGUGAUCGUUUAUAUUUUACUUAGCGGGGUUCCUCCGUUUUGGGCCGAAACAGAGGAAGGAAUAUUCGAACAAGUCCUGCAUGGUGAUCUUGAUUUUUCAUCUGAUCCAUGGCCGAGCAUUUCCGAUGGUGCAAAAGAUCUAGUGAGAAAAAUGCUUGUUCGAGACCCAAAAAAGCGUUUAACUGCACAUGAAGUUUUAUGCCAUCCUUGGGUUCAAGUUGACGGUGUGGCUCCAGACAAGCCUCUUGACUCUGCGGUUUUGAGCCGCAUGAAACAGUUUACAGCGAUGAAUAAGCUCAAGAAAAUGGCUAUUAGAGUUAUAGCGGAAAGCCUGUCAGAAGAAGAAAUAGCUGGGCUGAAACAAAUGUUUCAGAUGAUAGAUACCGACAACAGCGGUCACAUUACUUUCGAUGAACUUAAGGCUGGAUUAAAACGAGUCGGUGCUAACCUUAAGGAGUCGGAAAUCUAUGAUUUAAUGCAAGCAGCAGAUGUGGAUGAUAGCGGAACGAUUGAUUACGGAGAAUUUGUGGCUGCAACGUUGCAUAUGAACAAAAUUGAAAAAGAAAAUCAUUUAUUUGUGGCUUUCUCAUACUUUGAUAAGGAUGGAAGUGGUUAUAUCACAGCCGAUGAGCUUCAACAUGCUUGUGUGGAGUUUGGCAUAGAUGUUCCCUUUGAAGAGUUGAUUCAAGACGUUGACCAAGAUAAUGAUGGGCGCAUAGACUACAAUGAGUUUGUGGCCAUGAUGCAAGGACCAAACAAUGUUGACGCUAAGAAGAACCUUGAGACUAGUUUCAGCCUUAAGUUACUUGGACCACUAAAACAUUGAACAUGAAAACUUAUUCUUUUAGAAAACAUACUUCUUGUUUCUAAAUAGAUUAUACGAGAAUUCGGGAACCAAUAAUGGUGGUUUACUCGACGUUGGAGUGGACUUUUACGGUAUAUAUCAUGUUACUGUUUUAUUUGUACACAAAUGACCUUCUGAACGUGUUAGAUAUUAUGUUGGACAAACUCAUUUUGUUCAUGUUAUGUUUCAUGAUUAAAUUCUCAUUUUGUUCAA